UCAUGCUGCUGCCAGGUCCAGAGUCUGUCAUGGGUCCCUGUACGGCCUCCCAUUGCUGCUGUCUCCAUCGCCACACUCUGCCAUGUGCCACUUUCAGGUCUCCUCACACACUGCUGGUGUGUUGAAUUUUUUGACAUAGGGUGCUGGCAGAUUACGGGCCUCCCAUAGCUGCUGCUGCCAGGCCCCUAAUCUGCCAUGGGCCCCUAUAUACCGCUCCUCCUCAUGCUGCUGCCAGGUCCAGAGUCUGUCAUGGGUCCCUGUACGGCCUCCCAUUGCUGCUGUCUCCAUCGCCACACUCUGCCAUGUGCCACUUUCAGGUCUCCUCACACACUGCUGGUGUGUUGAAUUUUUUGAC